AUGAAGUUCGUUUCCCUCCUCGUUGCCUCACUCCUCCCCGCCGGCCUCAUGGCUGCCCCGGUCGACGGUGGUGGUGACAUAUCUAUGGUGGGUGCUGAACCUGCUCCUGGCACUACCGCUGCUCGCGACGUUGGCGACGAAAUCUUCAAGCGGUCCACCCGGGUUUGCACCAUUGUUGGUGGUUCUGCAACUGUGAACUGUCGCUCAGGGCCAGGCACCCAAUAUGGAAUCUCGGACACCGUGUACAGGGGAAAUGACUACAUUUUCACUUGUGUGAAGACUGGAGAAUGCAUCAUCAUCGGUGGAGAUCAAAACUGCGGUUGGCACAAGACUGGCGGCUGCUACGUGAACGGCCACUACACCGAUAACAGGUGCACUCGCGGUAUGCUAUCCCCUAAUUCCGCUUACUGGAUUCGCUUAAGCUAA